AUGUGCACGUGUCCAGGGUUCCCGUCCUUCCCUCCUGAGCUGCCAUCUCCACCGUGGCUCACCGACAGUGCAGCGAGGCUCCUGGUGGACUGAGGGUUGGUUGCCCUGUCCAGGCGGCCUCGAGUGCACCAGGACACAGCCUGUCCAGUGUGAUCCAGGCACCACGCCUGUGGGCCGUCAUCACCGUCACCUGGGUGUGCCGAGGGACUUGUGCUUUCCUGGAUCGAAUCGCAUGAGCCAAGUCGGGGGAGCUGCCCCAGGUGUCUUCGGGCUUCUGCUCCCCAGAUCUCACGUUUGCACCCCAAAACCCAGUCUCUCCCCGCAGAAGGGCACGCGACUUGAGUCCAGGAAUUUGCGCAUGCAGUUUUGAGCCCUGGACACUGGGCCCCGGAGCGCCUGGCCUUGUGUGCAGUUGGGGGCCGGGGCGGAGAAGCUCGUACCUUGCCGUCUGCAGCUGCCCACCGCGGUCAUUUCACAUGCUGGGGUUCUACACAAGAUCCCACCAGAGAAGUCUCCCCUCCUUGGGAAAGUUUGGAGGAGCUGUGCUCAGGCCUGUGCCGGACACAGAGCUGGAGCUGUCCCCAGAAGAGCAGAGGGUCCUGGAAAGGAAGCUGAAAAAGGAACGGAGGAAAGAGGAGAGGCAGCGUCUGCGGGAGGCAGGCCUUGCAGCCCAUCACCCGCCGGCCAGGCGCUCGGGAGCUGAGCUGGCCCUGGACUACCUCUGCGCAUGGGCCCAAAAGCACAAGAGCUGGAGGUUUCAGAAGACAAGGCAGACGUGGCUCCUGCUCCACAUGUAUGACAGAGACAAGGUUCCCGAUGAGCACUUCUCCACCAUGCUGGCCUACCUGGAGGGGCUGCAGGGCCGGGCCCGCGAGCUGACGGUCCAGAAGGCAGAAGCUCUGAUGCGGGAGCUGGACGAGGAGGACCCCGAUCCCCUCCUGCCGGGGAGGGUCCAGCGCAUCCGGCAGGUGCUGCAGUUGCUCUCCUAGCGGGUUCAGCGCGGGACGGGGCCACUGCCCAGCGCAGGGCGGCCUCGGACCACACAGGAUGCAGCUCCUCCGGCGGUGGGGGCCGGGAUCACCAGCACCAGAGCCUCGCAAGGGCCCCUUCUGUCCUCCAGACCCUCCUUGGCCGGAGACAGUUGUGACAGUGACGACGGGUUCAGUGCCUUCAGCACAGAGCGUGGACGCUCUGGAAUCACCCAGACACCUGGCCUUGGAGGGGCCUGGAGCCCUGGGAAUCUGCUUGGGAGGGAAAUGUCUAUUUUUCUACCAGGAAUAUUUUAGAGAUUGGGCCACGCUGGCUCCUCCUGCCAGCUGCAAACCUGCACCUUCCGCCUGAUUCCCCAUCCCCCUGCGUGGGCUGCGUUCCUGGUCCCCUGCCCGCGUCUGUCCAGGGGCCUGGCUGUUGCCUGUUUUCCUUUGACCCCACACAGCCUCAGUGCUCGUCAUGGGGAGUCCCUGCUGGGGGCUUGUGGAGUCAGAUCAUGUACCUGUGCAGAAACCGUCUCUGUGGCCGCAUUUGAAAUAAAACACGACCCACCAGGGGCCGUGGGUCCUGCUCUGC